AGCCAGCCCUGCCCCGUACAGUCUGCCAUACAUCAGGUACUCCUUUCGACAUCCUUCAUCCUUCCAUCACCAUAUCUGUAAGCCCCGUUGCAGACACAUUGUAUCGCAAUGGAACCAGUCUGUGUGAACAUCACUUCCCACCAUCCCAACAAGGAAGGAGAGGAGCA